GUGGGGCAACGACCUCUUCUACAGCUAGCAACCUGUUGCGAAGAAUGCAACAGCAACGCGCUGUCCUUGGUAAAAAACCGCUUGUAGCUGAAAUUAUUCCGUCAUUCGCAAGUCGCGAUGGUCGUGCCGUCAAGAACCCUGAUGCGGUAGAUGAGGAUGAAGAUAGCCAUCGAUUACAUAGGGCCACCUCUUCGAAGAGCACGCCUGGAAGUACACGUGCACAAAAGCGCGUGGUUUUGAUUCCUAGCCACGGGGUGAAGCGGCGAAAAUUUGAAGAGGAGCCGGAGAUAAUCUCCUUGCAUUCGUCUUCCGGCUCGGAUGGAGAGGCACAGAAAGGCAGACCACAGAGUGCAGUACGAAAGAAUCUGGACGACCCGGCAUCUUCCGCAAGAAGUCGAGGGAGAGCACUGUCGCGAGGACAAGACGAGGAAAACAAGAUAAAUGCAGUAGGUGCAUUUCAGAAAAGAACUCCAGUGUCUGCGCGAGGAGAGCAACGGAAUCAGCAAGCAUUUACUUCUGAAGCGAAGAGUAAGGGUGUUGGCCUCGCUUUCAAUGCCUUCGGAGGAUCAACUGCCUUCAGCUCCGGCGCAAUUGAGGAACCGGACGCGGGUUCGCGAAGCCGCGUCCCGCCCGAACCGCGGACACCAGCGCGGAAAACAACUCCGGGAAACAAGAGAAACCGAAGCGAAAGUGCGGCUCCGCGUAGCGCAAAAGCAAAGGCCAGCGGCUCACGAAGUUCUGCACGUCGUCCAGGAGCGGCAAAAUUGCAGAUUGUCCGAGACAGUUUUGGACGUUUCGUCUAUGAUUCUCUUGGUGAAGAUGAGCUGAAGCGGUGGGCUGUUGCUUGGGGUCUCAAAGUCAAUUCAGGUAAGGCGUUUUUAUCACAAAAAGUCGAAGCCAUGCUCCGAUUUCUGUGCGAUGAUGACGCCGGCCAGUUCGACCAAAUGCUCGCAAAGUCUCUCGAUCUUCACAAAGGCAGUGCCAUGAAGAAGGAAGAAGACCAAAAAAAUGCCGAUGAGAGCACUGGUGGACGAGAAGAUGCUGUUGAUAUUCAUAAUAGGGAAAGGAACGACAUCAAGGCACCGGAUCUAUCAGGGGGUUUAGGAAGAACAGGCAGUGCGCAAAAAUCUAGACAUGCCACACCUUCUCGCAUUGACGCCGUUACCGGUUUGAGUCUUGACACGAUGAUGACGCGUGCGAUAAAGGGCAGCCCCUUGUGGGAUGACAUACUGUUGUACAAGCCCGUUAUCCCUCAAAAAGUUCAGCAGUAUCUACAGGAAGCGCUGUCGCGUAAAGUGGGUCUGCAGACGGUAAAGGAGUACUUGGAGAGGCAGGGCGUGCUCUACUCAAAGUAGUGGCUGCUCUAGAAGUGUCGGACAUGCUGUCAACAUUACUACGCGUUUUCGUUUAUUCAACCUGGUGGUGCUGCCGUCGAACUUUAUUCUUGAAAAAAAAACACUUCUUCUCGGUUCUAUUUGCUCCUUCGAGACGAUCCCGUGGUUUUAUUUCCAGCAGAUAAGAAUGAGAUGAAGCAAGCAUACUCUUGACAUAUAAAGUCACAUAUCGGUUCCCAAAUUUUAUUUUCCCAAUACUCGAAAAGCCUGUGACGUGAUCUUUUGC